AGUCUAAUAUGAUAGCAUUUAGGGAAGCUCUCUGUGUUUGUAAGCGUAUCUUGUGAAGCAGUUCAUUUUAUAGAGACACUGAGAAAUCAUGCAGUUCAGCAUCUUCUUCAUCAUUCUUUUGGGCUCCAUCUUCCUCACCCUGGCACAAGAUGAGGACUGCUGUCUACAAUACAAUAAGAAAGUUACAAAGUCCAUGAAGAACAGAGUGACCAGCUACAGAAAACAAGAGCUGGAUGGAGACUGCAACUUCCCAGCUGUUGUCUUCAUACUGGAAGAUGGUCGUGAUUUUUGCACUGACCCCAAAGAAAAAUGGGUCCAUGCCAUCAUGUGGAAGUUGGACAGACUGUCAGGAGGGUCAUCUUUGACAAGUAAAGUGCACAGCGACCGAACCAGGCGUAUAGGCGAACUUGGCAUCGGCGUGGUACGUCACAAAAAGUUGUUUAGCCUCCACAAGCACAGCAGCCACAGAAAUCUCUCACGAUUAAGAUAUAAAUAGAGUAAAGAGUAAACCUUAAGUCUAAACAAAUAAUGUUUUUUUAGUUCUAUAUUUAUUGUCUUUGGUUUGUAUUUAAUAUCAUUUGUGUGUUCCAAUUUAUCUGUGUAGUUCUAGAAAAAAAAGUUAACAUUGUUUAUUUUGUUUUUUGACUUUAUACUGCUGGUUAAACUGUAAAUGUUGUAAUGUUUUGCAAACCAAAAAUGUAAAAAAAUUAAAAAUCGUUCUGUUACAUUUUGAUUCAGUUCAUUUUGAGAAGUGAUUUUCAUUUUCAAGUAUAAAUUAUUUCAUAUUUUAUCUUAUACAUGAAGUUUCAUACGUUUUUAAGCCUUUGUUUUGCAUGGGAGGGUUUUUAUUCAAAUCAAACUGUUUUCGGGAGAAUGUUAUUUUUGACAAACAAUCUGUUGAGAGUGGAAUAAAUGUUUUAUUUGUUUGAGUUUUAUAUGACAAAUAAGAAAAAAAUAUGUUGUAACUCAU